UGUUCUUAAUCCGAAAAAAGAAUGGAUUCAAAGGGCUUCAAUUGUUCAGUUAUUGCACUUGUUUCUUGCAUGGUUUUAUCCUUUUCAGUCUCUUCCUUGGCCAAAAAACAACAACACUGUCCGCUUAAAGUUGGUUUCUAUCAACAUACUUGUCCCUCUGCUGAAUCCAUUGUGAGAAAUGUUGUGUACAAAGCCGUUUCUCGUAAUCCAGGCAUUGCUGCGGGCCUUAUCAGGCUACAUUUUCAUGACUGCUUUGUGAGGGGAUGUGAUGCAUCUGUGCUAUUGGAUGGACCAAAUUCAGAAAAGGAAAGCGUAGCAAAUAAGAACAGUUUACGAGGUUUUGAGGUGAUUGAUGCAGCUAAAGCUAAGCUUGAGGCUGCAUGCCCUGGAACUGUCUCGUGUGCAGACAUUCUCGCCUUUGCUGCUCGUGAUAGUUCUUACAAAGUAGGGAAAAUAAACUAUGCUGUCCAAGCAGGACGCCGUGAUGGACGCGUUUCUAUCAAGGAUGAGGCUUUACCUAAUCUUCCAUCUCCAUUUGUUGGUGUCAAGGAACUGAUCAAGAGCUUUGCAAGAAAAGGGAUGUCGGUUGAUGAAAUGGUCACCCUCUCUGGUGCACAUUCUAUUGGUAUUGCUCAUUGCGCUGUUUUUGCAAAUCGGCUAUACCCUCAAAACAAGCAACAAAAUCUGCCAAUUGAUCCUGAAUAUGAAAGAAUGUUAAAGUCCAUUUGCCCACCAGAAGCACUUACAAAUGGAACAGGAGUCGCUAACCCUGCGAAUCUUGAUGUCCUAACACCAAACAGGUUGGAUAAUAGAUACUACAUGGAUUUGAAGAGUAAGAAGGGGCUAUUAGUUUCUGAUCAAACAUUGAUGAGUAAUCCUAAAACUGCAAAAAUGGUGAACUUCAACGCGAGAUAUGGGCGCGUGUGGGGUAAGAAAUUCGCAGAUGCAAUGGUGCAUAUGGGUACCUUGGAUGUCCUCACAGGGUGGAAGGGUGAAAUCAGGAAGAACUGCCAUUUUGUGAACUAAU